AUGGAAAACCCGCUGGGGUUCCAACAGGGGAUUCAAAACUCGGAUCUGAUCGUGCGGGACCUCAGAUUCUGCACCGCCCUCGUUCGCACGUCCUCGGGCCCCCGCGGACGUGAUUGUUGUCGCCGAGAUGCCAAACACUUGCGCUUGGCCUACGCUGUGACUUCGUUCGAUGACGUUGCGUCGUCGUCCGCGGCGGUGCAGGCCAGCCGCGUGCCGCCAUCUGACCGUGGGAGCGACUUUAUUAUAAUGGAGGAAGCCCCGUUUGAAACGACCCUUCCGUUCGUGCAGGAAACGUUCGGGUUCGACGACAGCGAGCCAGCAGCCGUUGGUCGUGCCGCUGCGUUGCAAUUCCACCCCAUAAUGAUGCUCGAAUGA